CCAAGUGUUUCCGGGUCGCCGCCUGUCCCGGGUUACUGGCUUCGGUCCCCUGCAGCCGGCCGAAGCGACGAGAGCCCAGUCGGGCACGGCUCGGGGGGCGGCCGGGGCUCCUUCUGGAUUCUCUCGGCCGGGGCGUCCUCGGAGGCAGUGCCGGGCAGCCACACGCUGGUAUGUGGACCAUUUCGAGGAAUGACGUGCUUCUUGUUCUUCCCCUUCCAGAGCAUGCCCCUAGUGCAGGUGGGCAACGUGUCAGUGCUUUUAGCGAUGUCCCUGCCUCGGACCCAGAAACCAUGGAGGAGAUAAGGUAGCCCCCCCCCUUCCCUGGAUCAGAUGGGGAAGCCCAGUUCAAUGGAUACAAAAUAUAAGGAUGACUUAUUUCGGAAGUACGUGCAGUUCCAUGAGGGCAGAGUGGACACCACCCCCAGCAAGCAGCAGCCUGGCAACGAUGAGUACCUUCGGGUGGCAGCCUCGACCCUGCUCAGCCUACACAAGGUGGAUCCCUUUUAUCGAUUCCGGCUGAUCCAGUUCUAUGAGGUGGUGGAGAGCUCCCUGCGCUCACUAAGCUCCUCCAGCCUGCGGGCUUUGCACUGCGCCUUCAGCAUGCUGGAAACGGUGGGCGUCAACCUCUUCCUCUACCCGUGGAAGAAGGAAUUCAGAAGCAUCAAGACCUACACGGGCCCCUUCGUUUAUUAUGUCAAGUCGUCAUUACUGGAAGAGGACAUCCAAGCCAUCCUGCAUUACAUGGGCUAUGUGCCUGAGUUAGGGACUGCGUACAAACUCAAAGAACUCGUGGAGACCCUCCAGGUGAAGAUGGUCUCCUUUGAGCUCUUUCUGGCCAAGGUGGAGUGUGAGCAGAUGAUGGAAAUCCACUCCCAAGUCAAGGACAAGGGCUACUCCGAGCUGGACGUGGUGAACGAGCGCAAGAGCAGCACGGAGGAUGUGCGGGGCUGCUCGGAGGCCCUCCGGCGGCGGGCUGAGGGCCGGGAGCACCUGACGGCCUCCAUGGCCCGUGUGGCGCUCCAGAAGUCAGCCAGCGAACGGGCGGCUAAGGACUACUACAAGCCUCGGGUGACCAAGCCCUCGAGGUCGGUAGACGCCUACGACAGCUACUGGGAGAGCCGGAAGCCACCCCUGAAGGCCUCGUUGAGCCUGCGGAAGGAGCCCGUGGCACAAGACUUGGGGGACGACCUCAAGGAUGAGAUCAUCCGCCCGUCCCCCUUGCUCCUGACCAUGUCCAGCGCCCCCCACGGAAGCCCGGAUGACCUGCCACCCCCCUCCCCCAACAACGGCCUCGGCCUGCUGCGUGGCACAUACUUCUCUGCUCAGGAUGACGUGGAUCUGUACACAGACUCGGAGCCUAGGGCUACGCACCGGAGGCAGGACGCCCUGCGGCCGGACGUGUGGCUGGUCAGAAAUGAUGCCCACCCCCUCUACCACAAGCGCUCACCCCCCGCCAAAGAGUCCUCCCUGUCCAAGUGCCAGAGCUGCGGGCUGUCCUGCAGCGCCUCCCUCUGCCAGCGCUGCGACAGCCUGCUCUCCUGUCCCCCAGCCCCCAAGCCAGGCGCCUUCCCUGGCAAGGCCUCUGCCCAUGACAGCCUGGCCCACGGGUCGUCUCUGCGGGAGAAGUACGCGGGCCAGACUCAGGGCCUCGAGCGGCUGCCGCACCUUCACCCAAAACCCAAGCCCUCCACCACGGCCGCCUCCCGCUGCGGCUUCUGCAACCGCCCGGGUGCCACCAACACCUGCACCCAGUGUUCAAAAGUCUCCUGCGACGGCUGUGUCAGCGCCUACCAUUACGACCCCUGCUGCAAAAAGAAUGAGCUGCACAAGUUCAUGCCCAACAACCAGCUGAACUACAAGUCCACCCAGCUCUCCCAUCUCGUGUAUAGAUAGACUGGACCCUGCACCCCUGCUCCAAGGGCUACACCACUGACUCUCUGGUCCCCUCCGGGGAAGAAGUGUUAGUGUACUGAUCUCAGAAGCAGAGACCUGCGUUUGACCAUGUAGGUGUCAGGGGAUCGGGGCUUGGCUGCACCAUGUGGGAGUUCACUUGGUGGCCCACAUAUUUCAACUGACGGCUGCUUUAUCGCCGGACGAGGGGGAGGGUGGCACUUCCGUUCAGAUUCAUUUUUGCUAAUCUCUCCACUCCCUGUUCCGUUGUUCGUUUUGUUUUCGAAGAGGAUUUCUAUCUCUGAGACCCCUGUCACACCCACCCCUCCCACUGCAAAGCCAACUUGGACUGGGGAGGGCCCUCCAGGUCACCUCCGAAUGCCCACCUGGAGCGCCGAGCUAGAGGCCUGUUGGCUUGUGAAAUGAGCCCUCCUGCCACACUGGGCCUCUUCCCAUGGCUCAUCCUUUGGCCACCCCCUUCCCAAACGCAAGGAGCCCCGCCUGGACUCCCCUACCCCGCUGACUUCUGCCUGUGUAAGUCUCAAGGGUGGGCAGAGUCCAGUCGUCCCUGAAUGGCAUCCUGUUACCACCGCUCGGUUCGGCCCGUGGUGUCCGUGCACUUUGCCCUGGCGCAUCCAGGUGCGGGCCUUCCAUGGCAGGGUGGACUGUUCCCCCUUUCUGUUGUUUGCACACGCCCCUCUUACUGUACUGUAAAUAGAUAUUUUUGAGAUUUAUUUUUAAAUAAAUAUUCAACUUGC